AUGUCACUCAUUAAAUCUACUUCUCUUGUGCUUGUAGGCUUGUGGGCUACCUUGUCCACCGCCAAAGGUGGGCCGGCUUUCCAAGAUGCUUUUAUAGUCGAGUCAACACCUGGAAACGAUGCGGCUCGACAAGGCGACUUCCUUGGUGAGGUUGCUAAUCAGGUAGCCCAGCUCGGGACAAGCUGCCAGGCGAGUCAUCGGAGGACGUUCGACUCGCCACACUUCACCGGAGCUUCGUUCGACUUGAAAUGCGACGACAGCCUCGACCAGCUCAAAGUGCUCGCGGUCAUCCAAGAGGCACGAGGCGUCCACAAAGCAUGGCCGGUCGCGUUCGUCAAGCACCAGAUGGCGUUGCCAGGCCAAGGUGCAAGGGGCCGGGAGCGCAGCAAAAGGGACGAGCUUGAGCAAAGCCUGCGUGUUGCCAACGGAUCGUCGGUCGACGGCUUUUCCACGCACAAGAUGGGCAAGGUCGACCGCCUCCACAACGCAGGCAUCACGGGCGCUGGUGUCAAAAUAGCCGUGGUCGACUCGGGCUUCGACACGUCCGUCCACGGGCUCAGCCAAACCAAGAUCGCGUACUCGGUCGACAUCACCGGAGAGUUCCCGGACGCCAGGGACAACUGCAGCUUCCACGGCACCCACGUGCUCGGCAUCGUGGGCGCCAAAAGCGCCGACAACAUGUACAACGUCAGCGGUGUGGCUCCUGACGCCACCUACGAGCUGUACCGCAUACAAAAGUGCGCCACGUCCGGCGCAACCACCGACGACCUGAUUGCAGGAUUCACCGAGGCUGCCAAGCGGGGAGCGGAUAUCAUCACCUGCUCCUAUGGAGGCUCGGGCGCCUUCCCCGAGGAACCUUGGUCGCUCGCCGCCACUCGGAUCGCCGCCACGGGUGUUUACGUCUCGCUCCCGGCGGGGAACGACGGUCCGGGUCCUUUCAGCGGUAGCAUACCCGCGACGGCCCCGCUGGUCUCGACGGCGGGCGCAGCCGACAACAUCGUGCAGCCGUGCCUCGAGUGGCAUGGGUCCGUGACCAAAAACGACCAGACAAAGCCUUUUUCUUUUGUGCCCGGCGGCGAGCUGAACUUUCCGGACACGCCGCUGACGGUUUGGUCGCCUAUCCCGGCAGAAAACGACGCCUACCCCUCCAACUGCUCCUUCGUAACCAGCGAACCGCCCAAGGAUCCCGCCAACACCAUCGCCAUAAUGGAUUCGCUCAAGUGCUUCGUCGACUCUGACGGGGUCCGUCUGGAGUCGUCGCCCAAGUACAACAUCAGCUACAUCAUGUACUACAUGCCCAAGGAGCCCGAGGGCCAGACCCCGCGGUGUGCUAGGUGGACCGAAUCUGGCUUCCCCAACACCAAAGGCUCCCUUACUACGUCGUACGCCUUUGGCUCCCAAGUGCUUGCUGAGCUCGGCAAAGGACACCAGAUCUCGGUCAAGAUACCCAACAACCCCGAGGCUGGCCAGGUUUCCCUGUCGAACAAGAAAUCUGCCAGCGGCGGUUCCGUGGCCUGGUUCUCGAGCUGGGGCCCGACCUGGGAUGGGCGCACCAUGCCGACUUACGUGACGCCUGGGAGCGACAUCUUGAGCACCUACCCCAAGCGCCUCGGCAGCUGGGGUGUUAUAGGCGGAACCAGCAUGGCCACGCCCUACGCGGCCGGCGUGGCCGCGCUCAUCAAGCAGCAGUUCCCCAAGUUGGCCAACAGCCAGAUACAGUCCAUCCUGGCCUCGACGGCGCAACCAAUCAAGUUCAACGACCGCCAGAAGACGUACUACACUGGCAACGUCAAGGACUUCUUCGCCCCGAUCCUCCAGCAGGGUGGAGGCUUGAUCGACGCCUACGCCGCCUCGCAGACCAGGACGCAUCUCAACGUGACCAACCUGAGCUUCAACGACACGGCGAACCGCGUGCCCUCGGUCACGUUUGAGAUUUCAAACACGGGCGACAAGGAGCUCAGCUAUGUGCUGAACCACGUCGGUGCUGCCUCGGGCUACUUUAUGAACACCUCGAGCGGCGCCCGGUACAACCUGACGGGCGCCACGGGGCUUCCCGUGUACGCCGAGCUGAACAUCCGACCUUCGCAACUCACUCUGGGGCCCGGCAAGACGGCCAGCGUGACCGUGUCCGUCGCCGCCGAGCCCGACCUCCCCGACGGCACGUCCUUCUUUGGCGGGUACGUGACCAUCAACGCCACGGCCCAGGGCAAGGCGGCCGACCACGUCCGGAUCCCCUACACGGGCUUCGGACACGGCUUGGUCUCGCUCCCGGCCAUCAACAAGGACCUGGCCUACGGCGGCGCCACCACCAGCGACGGCAAGAUGACGCGGGACGGAGACGGGCGCGUCUUCGUGUGCGAGUACAACCAGACCGCGAGCGUGCCCUGCACCUUUGACGGGCUGUACCCGGGCGUGCAGGCGGCGCUCGUGACGGGCGCGUCGCGCAACAUGACCAUCAGCCUCGUGGACCACAAGACCGGCGCCGCCGCGCUGCCAAACGACGUCAACCUGGGCUCGUCCGCCGCCUGGGGCAAGAGCAGCUACUGGUACUGGGACGGCACCGACUCCAACCGCUCCUUUGUGCCGGCCGGCGAUUACUUUUGGCGCGUCAAGGUCCUGCGCCUGAACGGCCGCCUCGACGCCGACCAAGACUACGACGUCCUGGACACCGUCUGGUGGACGCUGAAAUACACCGCCAACAGCACGCUUCCGGUGCGACGCUGA